UCUUUCGCGCAAAGAUUGGCGUUCUGAAAUCCUCGCUUGCAGGUUUUUGCGUUUGAACUUUGAUAUUAGUAUUGGGGUUUAAAUGGAAACAAGAUGGCAUGAUAGCAAACCGGAAGCAAGCAAUGACGAUAAACAGCAAAGAGAGGAGGUUUAUGAGACUUCCCUCAUUGAAGAUAUGGGAGAGGAUUUUCGUCUGCCAAUUAAUCACAAGCCAACUGAAAAUCCUGAUCUAGACAAUGUGGAGCAGGCGUCAUUGGAGACGCAGCUAACAUCAUCUAACAUAGGGUUUAGGCUUCUCCAGAAGAUGGGCUGGAAAGGGAAGGGCCUUGGAAAAGAUGAACAAGGAAUAGUUGAACCAAUAAAAGCUGGCAUAAGAGAUCCCAAAUUAGGAAUUGGGAAACAAGAGCAAGAUGAUUUUUUCACUGAUGAAGAGAAUGUUCAACGGAAAAAGCUUGAUAUUGAGCUAGAGGAGACUGAGGAGAAUGCAAAAAAGCGAGAGGUGAUAGCAGAACGUGAGCAGAAAAUUCAAACCGAGGUGAAAGAAAUACGGAAAGUGUUCUAUUGUGAUCUUUGCAACAAACAGUACAAAUUGGCCAUGGAAUUUGAAGUUCACCUUAGUUCAUAUGACCACAAUCACCGUAAGCGAUUCAAAGAAAUGAAAGAAUUGCAUGGUAGCAGCAACCGUGACGACAGGCAAAAGCGAGAACAACUACGUCAGGAAAAGGAGAUGGCCAAGUUCACUCAGAUUGCAAAUGCCAAUAAGCAACUGCAGCAACUACAACAAGACCAAUCCGGGGCAACUCCGAUUACCAGAGCAAUGGGAAGUGCUACUGCACUUGAAGAUCUGGACCAGCGGAAGACAUUGAAAUUUGGGUUUUCUUCUAGAGGUGCUUCAUCCAAGAACUCAUUUAGCACUGCUUUAAAGAAGUCGAAAGUACCAGUAAAGGUAUCAUCUGUUUUUGGGAAUGAUAGCGAUGAAGAAUAGCAUGCUUGGAUCAGUGGUGACUGCUUGUACC